UUUAUAAAAAUUUUUAUUCAUAAUAUAUAUGUUUUAUAAAGUUUAUAGUAAAUUUACUAAAUUGAAUUUAUUAAUGAUUUUUCUUUUAUUAAUAUAAAGAAUUUUUGACAAGGAAUUCAUAAUAUUAUAUUUAAAUUAUUAAAGUAGUUCUUUAUCUUAAAUAAACAUACUUAAAAUCUUAAAGCAUUUGUAAAAAUGUCUGAUGAAUCAGUAGAGGAGAGUCAAGAAAUUAAUAAAGUUGAAGAAUGUGUAAUUAUCAAUUCUAAUUUCAUAGAGGAAAAAUCAAUUAAAGAAAAACAAAUUAAUAAAAAGGAUUCUAGUAGUAUUGAUGAAGAUAAUGAAACAUUCAUUUUAGAUGAAAUAGAUUAUAAUUCAUGUAACUAUGAAGAUUUACCAGAAGGUUGGAAAAAAUAUGAUCAUGAUAGUGGUAUGCCAGUUUACUUACAUGAAGAAACUAGAGUUUGCACUUUUUCAAGACCAUAUUUUCUAGGUGUUCAUAGCCUCAAAAAUCAUGAAGUUCCCAUAUUAAAUGUACCCUGUUUAGACUACAAGGAAAGAUUAAAAAAGAUGUCUGAUGAUUGUGGUAAUAGUGGUUUACAUAAUGAUUAUCCUACAACAUUAAGUCAUGAAAAAUAUAGAGAAUAUUGUAAAAAUGUUUUUCGAUUUAAAAACAUUAAAUUCAUGCGUUUUAGUUCUUGGGAUAAACGCCGUGAGUAUAUUCGUAUGAUUAAAGCUGAUCGGAGACGAAAAGAUUUACCAAAACUAAAAGAUAAAUCACAACUCAUUUCAUUCCCUAUUCAAAACUCUAUUGAUAAAAAUUCACCUAAAUCUGAUGAACAUUGGAUUAUCAAUUUAAAUGGUAAAAGUUAUGUUAGCAUUUUACAUGAAUAUAUUCAAAGAGUUUUGAAAACACAGCCAUCGUAUGAGUUCAAAGAGCUUGAAAAUGCUAGAUACCCUUAUUUAGCUACUGUUAUUUUGGAUGGCAUGCAAUAUGGUGUUGGAAUUGGAUCUAGCAAAAAACAAGCAAAAUUAGAUGCAGCUAGAGCUACUUUAGAAAUUUUAUUACCUUCAGUUAAAGAUCGUAUUCAAGUAAAUCGAAGACAUGCUAUGAAUGAACGACAAGGAAACAGUAAUUUUGGCGGAGCCACACUAUUUGACGAACUUAACAUAAAAGAUUCCAGAAUAUCUGAAUUUUGUGCUCAAGCUGCUGAAACUAUGCCAUAUGAUAUGCUAAAUAUUUGUGUUAAAAGAAAUUUCGGAGAUAAUGCAAAUGUGGAUUGUCAUAUGGAAAGAAUGCAAAGUGGUUCAGAUUCAGAAAUAUUUUAUCGAUGUACUAUGUCUAUUAAAGAACAUACAGCUACAGUUAUUUGUAAAAAUAAACGAGAAGGUCGCCAAAAGGGAGCACAAGCAUUAUUGAAGGUUUUACAUCCACAUAUAAAUGUUUUUGGUUCGUUAUUAAGAUUAUAUAAUCACCAAAAUUUUGGUAAUGGCUGUGAAAAAAAACUUGACGAACCUGGUAUUUCUAGUCCUAAACCUGUUACUGGGCCUAAUUAUAAUAUUUUGAAAAAACUGAAAGAAGAAAUGUCUAAGCUAGAAAAUCCAGAAGAUUAAUUAUAAAUAAGUAAAAUAAAAUUAUGCAUAGAUGGUUUUUUUUCAACUCAAGUAAACUUUUGUGAAGUGUAAUUCUUUGCAUAAAAAACACAAUAACAUAUUGGUAAUAUAAAUGUUGGACCAGUAUUAAUAUAGAAAUAAUUAUUUGACAGCUUACAAGGUAGAAUUAAACAAUUUUUAUUUACAAUUAAUUUUAUUUGUUUAAUGCCUUUAAAAAAUGUUUAUUUUUACACAUAAAUAUAUGUAUAAUAAUAUUUA